CCCGGGCGGCCGCUCGCGGGCACUGCGGGGCUCGGCUCUCUUUUCUUUGUGUGCGGUGAGAGCCGCUCGGAGCCCCUCUCGUGCUCUCUCUGUCUCACUGCGAAGCGCAUGGACGAGCACCUCCCGCUACAGAGGAGCCCGAGCAGGACAGCAGCGCGUCUCUCCUUCGCUGUGCGUGUGUCUGUGUCUGUGCGUGUGUCUGUGGGUGUGGGUGUGUGUGUGCACGAGAAAAACAGUCAAGAAAUUUCCUGCAACUGCGAGAAAAGUGUUGCCAUUGACCUGACUUUGUAAUAACAGACAUUUAUUCGGGACUCCAGAGCAGUUUUCUUUCGGAGAUAGAAACAACUACAGAACUGUGCUGCACUGUGUGUGUGUGUGUGUGUGUGUGUGAGACAGAGACAGAGAGAGAGAGUGAGUGAGUGAGUGCUUUUUUUUUUGGAAGAGUUCUCUUUACUGCAGAGACCACAAACGGAUGUGAGGCAGAGAAGGUGUCUCUCCUCCCCUCUCCUGUUUCUUCUUCUUCUUCUUCUACUCUCUCUCUCUCUUUUGCUUUUCACUCUCUUUUUGUGUGUGUGUGUGUGUGUGUGUGUUGUUGUUGCUCUGACCAACAAACAAACCAGAGAGAGAGAGAGAGAAAGAAAAAAAAAGAGAGGGAGCUGCUUGAUGUGUUCCCAGAACAAAUCAUUGAAAUGGACGUGAGGUUUUAUCCACAGGCUGCUCAAGCCAACAUCUCCACAGAUACUCCCUGCCUGGGACCUGCACCCUGCUUAGACCCAUACUAUUGCAAUAAGUUUGAUGGUGAAAACAUGUACAUGAGUAUGACAGAUCCGAGCCAAGACUUCAUGCCAGGAAGCCAGGGUUAUUCCAAACAUGGAGAAGCUUCGAGUCCUUGUGGAAGUGCAGAAAAUCCUGAAUAUCAUCUCCCCUAUGCUUUUCCAGGAAUGACACCAAAGUUUCUACUCUGUGCAUCACUGUCCCAAAAUGUGGCAACUCCUGCUGUGGUUCCACGGGUAGCAGCGGAUUCCAGUACCCUGCCCAAGUGGCCAUUCUUUUCAUAUCCGGUCCCAAGCAUUGGAGAUGAAGACUUUGAUAUCCCUCCUAUUACACCUCCCACCAUGCCAGACCACUCCCUUGUCCACUUGUCUGACGCGGAAUCUGCCUACCACUCAAUCUGCCACUCAGUGCCCCAGAACGGGCUACUUCCAUUCAACCCUCAGAAUAUGAAUCUUCCUGCAAUAACAGUGUCUAAUAUGUUGGGACAAGACGGAGCCCUGCUUUCAAACUGCCUUUCUGUGAUGCAUGAUUUGGGAAACACAGAGACCACCCAUUACAGCGCUCAUCCACAGAUGUCAAUUAUGAGACCCACUGUCCGAUCUACAGACAUCAGACAGUCGGGAGUAAUGCAGCACGGUCAGCUGACCACUAUAAACCAGUCCCAGCUUAGUGCACAACUUGGUCUUAAUAUGGGAGGAAAUGCUAUCCAACACAGCUCACCGUCCCCUCCAGGAAGCAAGUCAGCUACCCCAUCACCGUCCAGCUCAGUCCAUGAAGAUGAAACGGAUGAGACAGCCAAGAUGAAUGGUGGUGAAAAACGGGCAGCCGUAGAUGUGGGAAAGAAACCCAAAACUCCAAAAAAGAAGAAAAAGAAGGACCCCAAUGAGCCCCAGAAGCCGGUGUCCGCCUACGCUCUCUUCUUUCGCGAUACUCAAGCAGCCAUUAAGGGCCAAAACCCAAAUGCCACUUUUGGUGAAGUUUCAAAAAUCGUUGCCUCGAUGUGGGAUGGUUUAGGCGAGGAACAAAAGCAGGUGUACAAAAAGAAAACUGAAGCUGCCAAAAAGGAGUAUCUCAAGCAGUUAGCAGCAUAUAGAGCCAGCCUGGUUUCCAAGAGCUAUAAUGACCCUGCUGAUACAAAGAACCCCCAGGCUCCUCAGAUAAUGAAUUCAAAGCAGUCAGUGUUUCCUGGUCCACCACAGGCCCCCUCUUCAAUGUACCUUGGCUCGGGUGCCUAUCAUCAACAGCCUGGUAUGAACCCUCACAUAUCUGCCAUGCACCCCAACCUGUCUAGGAGCAUUGCUCCCAAACCCAGUGGUCAGAUGCCUGUGACUGUUUCUAUAGCAAAUAUGGCUGUCUCUCCGCCUCCACCUCUUCAGAUCAGCCCUCCUCUGCACCAGCAGCUUUCCAUGCAACAGCACCAGCUUCACCAGCAGCAGACCUCUGCUAUGUCUCAGCAAAUAGGAAAUCACCAGCUACCCAUGCAGGUUCAGGCUCCUCUGCACUCGCCAACAAUGCAGCAGAGCUUCAACUUACAGUCCGAGUUUCAAAACAUAAUCAACUCAACAUCGACCGCCGCACCUGUUGCUACGCCGGCAAUGGACUGUGUUCGUUCAGGAUGCCGGAACCCUCCGCCCCAGAGCGUUGACUGGAACGACUACUGCAAUAAUGGUAGCUUGCAGAGGGAUAAAUCACUGUACCUCACCUGAGGGAGUGACUUCAGCGUUCCUAUGAUGACUGCAGGGAAGUCUUCAAACAUGGAUUGCAUCAAGGCAGUUCUGUGUCCUUUUAGAGAACAAGUCGCUAAGCACUUAGAUCUUUAAGCUUGCACUUAAGCUUGUGGGAUUGCCCAAGUUACAAGACAUCAUCUUGCUUCUUUCCAUCGAAGAUUGUUAACGGACAAACGUCCUGCUUCGUUUCUGAAGGAAACUUGGAUCAUUUUGCUUACUGUUGGUUUUGCUGUGGAGUGCUGCUGUAGUGAACUGCCUUAGCAAUUUUAUGUCAAUCUAGGAAUACAAUCCUAGGCUUUCCAUCAGUUGUUUGAUAGUUAACCAGUUAAAAAAAAUUGACUGAUGGAUAUAGCACUCAUAGCAAGUUUGUAAAUAGGGUCUGUGUUGCACUCUCUUAGAGUAUAAAAUGAUAAAGGGUUUCCUAGCUAAAACAUAACUUUACACUGGCUCUGUCCAGUUGAAUUAUAUCAUUCAAGUGGGACCAGAUUGGCAAGAUUAGUAUUUUUUGCUUAAUUUCUAAGAAAAUGGUUUCAUAGUUCUAUAUUUGCAAAAUUGCUUCCAACAAUUUUAUUAAGCAACUCCAAAUUGUCUCACUGAAUAGCAUGAACAGUUUUUAAGUGUUAAAAAAGCAAAACACAUUUAUUUUGUACUACAUAGAUGUUUUUGUAUCCUCUAUGGUGUAAUGGUUAGUAAUUAUGUCGCUCUAUACUUUUGUGUAAAAAAACAAAAAAAAAUCCUGCCAAAUGCUUUUCUGGUGUUCAUUAGAUGCAGCAACUGAUUGGAGACAGCUAAGUUAUAACCUUUACAUAUGGCUAUAUAUAAUUGUUUCUCCAUACUGUAUGUCUAUAUUUAAUCUUUUUUUAAUGGAAACUGUUGCGCCUAUUUAUGAAAUAAUAAAUAGAGGUGUUUGUAAGUAAUUUUGUAAGCAUUGAAGAAUAUUUCGGGUGCCAUCUAACUUUGCUGGCAUCAACCAGUCCAAAUUUGUGUGAUUAUGCUUACUAUUUUGAUUUAGUUUCUUCAGUAAUAAUAAAAAGAAAGCCAAAUCUGGGUUUCUU